AUGGUGACCGUAUCCAGUCUCUGGCAGAGUCCAGCGAUCAAUCCAGUCAACCAGAAAGCCAGGAGCAUACCAGUGCUGAACCCGGUCAAUAAGUAUGGCCGAGUGUUCUUCUUCUCCUGGUGGGGCUUCUUCAUUGCGUUUUGGUCGUGGUACGCGUUCCCACCACUGCUGAGCAUCACCAUCAAGCAGGAUUUGGAACUGUCAACUGUCCAGAUUGCCAACUCCAAUAUCGCCGCCUUGACGGGAACUCUCCUCGUUCGCUUCGUUGCUGGACCUCUCUCUUUGUGA